AGAUUACACAAAGGAAAUGACAUUGCAUAUCUUUAAGUAGUUGAGUUUACUGUGUUUGACUUUAUAAACCCAUCUUUUGAGUUGAAGGCAGUACUGUGGUAUAUACAGUACCUGCAGUAUCAGAUAACGAGAGAAUACCUUUUUGAAAAAUAUGUUGAUUUCCAACUUCAAGUCUUUUUUGGAAGGCAAGCAGACAACAAUUCUAACUACAUUGAUUACUCUGGCAACAGUCUUUGGGCAGCAGGCCGUUUCUUACUUUGCUUUCAAGUGUCCAUGCAAGCCAAGGAUAAAUCUAUACUACGGCCUGUCUUUUUCAAUAGUUCCUGCCCUGGUGUUGCUGAUUAUUGGAUUUGCCAUUAAUAAUCUGACCUGGAUACUAAUAAUGAAUUUAAGAAAUCGCUCAAAUUUGAUGCGUAAAAAAUUCAAAUUGAUCUGCUAUAUCCUUGUCAACAUAAUGUUAACAUCUUUAGUUGCUCCAAUAACUUGGAUAGCAGUAGUUCUGAUAAAAGGCUUGUAUUACAAUUGCGCCUUCAGUGAGUUUUUACCAGACCUUCAACAGACCACGAACAGUAUGUGCAAACACCAAGUCCGCAGGACUGAAACCCAGAGACUCCUGCACGACCUCACGCACCACAAACAAAACCAGAUGAACGCCCUCAUCCCAGUCUUUCUCAAACUCCAGACAACCCUAAAUAAAUACGUAACCCCAGAAUUUGAAUGUAACUGCCUUCAUAUUAUUAGGUUUUCCUCGAUUCUUGUUUCUUUUUUUCCACAGGUUGCUGGUUGGAUUUUGAUAGCGUGUUUCACCAUCGUUGGUUUUCUGAUUGUCUGUAUUCCAAGAUACUGCUCUCCACACAGCUUACUGCACCUCAACUACUGGGUUACGUACUUAGAAAAUGAAGGUGCACUCUUUCAUGAGACAUCGAAUAAACAUUCUCAACUGUAUGCUUUGAAGCACAUCAAGAAGUUCUUUGGCUUUACGCCAGAAGAGAAACAAGUCAAGAAAAUAUACUUGCCUACCAGAAAGGAUUGGAGAAUGAUCUAAGGCAUAGAUAUGUUUACUAAAUUGGACCAAGAAUCCUGUCAAUAUAGCCUCCUGCAUAUGUGGGCUGAUGAAGCAACUCCAAGAGAUCACUACACUUCAGUUGAUGAUGUGGUGGUUGAUGCAUAAUGAAUUAAUCAUGUUCAUAAGUGAUAGGAGCAGAAUUAGGCCAUUCGGCCCAUCAAGUCUACUCCACCAUUCAAUAAUGCUUGAUCUAACUCUCCUGCUCAAUCCCAUUCUCCUGCCUUCUCCCCAUAACCCCUGACACCAUACUAAUCAAGAAUCUAUCUAUCUCUGCCUUAAAAAUAUCCACUGACUUGGCCUCCAUAGCCUUCUGUGGCAAUUAAUUCCACAGAUUCACCACCAUCUGAUUAAACAUAUUCCUCCUCAUCUUCUAUCUAAAGGAACAUCCUUUUAUUCUAUGAUCUCUGGUCCUAGACUCUCCCACUCGUGGAAACAUCCUCUCCACAUCCACUCUAUCCAAGCCUUUCACUAUUUGGUAAAUUUAAAUUAGGUCUCCCUCAAACAGCAGCAUAUCCUUCCUCAGAUAUGGGCCCCAAAAACUACUCACAAUAUGUUAAAUGCAGAACAAAACAAGUACUUUGGUUCUGUCUUCACUAAGGAAGACACAAACAAUCUCCCGGAAAUACUAGGGGAUCGAGGAUUUAAUGGGAGGGAGGAACUGAAGGGAAUCCACAUUAGUCAGAAAAUGGUAUUAGGUAAACUGUUGGGAUUGAAGGCAGAUAAAUCCCCAGGGUCAGAUGGUCUGCAUCCCAGAGUACUCAUGGAGGUGGCCCUCGAAAUCGUGGAUGCAUUGGUGAUCAUUUUCCAUUGUUCUCUCGAAAGUAGGGAGAGAGAAACAGGGAAUUAUAGACCAGUUAGCCUUACACCAGAUAGUUGGGAAGAUGCUGAAGUCGAUUAUUAAAGAUGUUGUAGCCACGCAUUUGGAAAGCAGUGACGGGAUCGGUCAAAGUCAGCAUGGAUUUAUGAAGGAGAAAUUAUGCUUGACUAAUCUUUUGGAUGGAACAAGUAGAAUGGAUAAGGGAGAGCCAGUGGAUAUGGUGUAUCUGAACUUUCAAAAAGUCUUUUACAAGAUCCAACACAAGAGAUUAGUGUGCAAAAUUAGAGCACAUGGUAUUGGGGUAGGGUAUUGACAUGGAUAGAGAACUGGUUUGCAGACAGGAAGCAAAGAGUAGGAAUUAAUGGGUCCUUUACAGAAUGGCAGGCAGUGACUAGUGGGGUGCUGCAAGGCUCGGUGCUGGGACCCCAGUUGUUUACAAUAUCUAUUAAGGAUUUAGACGAGGGAAUUAAAUGUAACAUCUCUAAGUUUGUGGAUGACACAAAGCUGGGUGGCAGUGUGAUCUACGAUGAGGAUGCUAUGAGGCUGCAGGGUGACGGAUAGGUUGGGUGAGUGGGCAGAAGCAUGGCAGAUGCAGUAUAAUGUGGAUAAAUGUGGUUAUCCACUUUGGUGGCAAGAACAGGAAGGUAGAUUAUUAUCUGAAUGGUGUCAGAUUAGGAGAAGGCAAGGUGCAACAUGACCUGGGUAUGCUUGUACAUCAGUCACUGAAAGUAAGCAUACAGGUACAGCAACCAGUGAAGAAAGCCAAUGCUGGCCUGCAUUACGAGAGGAUUUGAGUUUCGGAGCAAGGAGGUCCUACUGCAGUUGUACAGGCCCUGGUGAGACCGCACGUGGAGUAUUGUGUGCAAUUUUGGUGUCCUAAUUUGAGGAAGGACAUUAUUGCUAUUGAGGAAGUGCAGCAUGGGUUCACCAGGUUAAUCCCGGGAUGGCAGGACUGACGUUUUCACCCAGAGUUGUGAACCUGAGGAAUUUUCUGCCACAGAAGGCAGUGGAGGCCAAUUCACUGGAUGUUUUCCAGAAUUAGAUUUAGCUCUUAAGGCUAAGGGAAUCAAGGGAUAUGGGGAAAAUGCCGGAACGGGGUACUGUUUUUGGAUGAUCAACCAUGAUCAUAUUGAAUGGCGGUGUUGGCUCGAAGGGACAAAUGGCCUAUUUCUGCACCUAUUUUCUAGGUCUGUGUUUCUAUGGUCCAACCAGUGCCUUAUAAAACAUCACCAUUAUAUCCUGUCUUUAAAUUCUAGUCCUCUCAAAUUAAAUGCUAACAUUGUUUUUGCCUUCCUUACUGCUGAUUUACCUUGCAAAUUAACUUUUUGGGAAUCCUUUACCAGCACUCCCAAGUCCCUUUGCACCUCCGAUUUCUGAAUUCUCUCCACAUGUAGAAAGUAGUCUAUACCUUUAUCCCUACUGCCAAACUGCAGGACUGCAUAUUUUUGGCUCUUAAUUACCAAUUUUGAAGUUUUUAUAUAAGCAUUUAUAUAAGCAUUUCAAUGUAGAACAUAAGAAAUGGGAGUAGACUAUAUGACCCUUGUGCCCGCCACACCGUAUAAUCAAAUCAUGUUAUUUUACCUCACUUUCCUGCACUAACCACAUAUCCUGAUUCCCUUAAUAUCCAAAAACCUAUUGAUUUCUGCUAUGAAUGUACUUAACCAUCUAAGCUUUCACACCCCUCUUGGAUGCAGAGUUCCAUAGCAUGGCACAGUGGUAGAGCUGCUGCCUCACAGCGCUAGAGACCUGGGUUCAAUCCUGACUACAGGUGCUAUUUGUACGGCAUUUGUAUGUUCUCCCCGUGGCUAUGUGUGUUCUCUGGGUGGUCCUGUUUCCUCCCACCUUUCAAAGUCGUACAGGCUUAUAGGUUAAUUGGAUUCUGUAAAUUGACCCUAGUUUGUAGGAUAGAACAAGUAUGCAGGCAUUGGUCGGUGUGGACUCGGUGGGCAGAAGGGUCUUUUUUCAUGCUGUAUCUCUAAACUAAAGAUUCAUUAACCUGUGAAUAAUGUUCUCCUCGUCUCUGUUCCAAAUGGCCAACUCCUUAUUGUGAGACGGUGAAGCCUGAUUCUUGGUACCUCAGCCAGUAAAACCAUCCACUUACCCCGUCAAGCCCAUUGAGAAUGUUGUACUUUUUCUUGAGAUCAUUAAAAAAUAUAUUUCUGCUUAACCUUUAUACUAUAAUUAACCCAUCAUCUGGAACCCAUUUAGUGAUCUAAUGUUGUAUUCAUCCAUCACAAGUACAGUAUAUCCAUCCUUAGACAGGGAGGCUAUACACGCUAAUCUGUAAGCAUCAUUAGGAUUCUAUAUAAAUGGAGCAAUAUGCCUCUACUCAUACACAAAUUCAAUUGACAUCAAGGCUAAUGCAUCAUUUGCUUUCCCAACUGUUUUCCCAAUCUGCAUAUUACAUUUCCAAUGAUUUGUUGACAAGGACACCUAUGUCCUUUUGCAAACCAAUGCCUUUCAAUCUCUCACAAUUAAAAAAUACUCUGCAUUUCCACUUGCUUUAACGAAAGUGGACCAUUUCACAUUUUUCCACAUUAUAUUUCAUCUGCUAUGUUCCCGCCCAUUCACCCAGCCAGUCAAAAUCCUGUUGCAGUCGAUCUGCAUUCUUUGUAGCCAACGCUGCCCCCUAGCUUUGAAUUUUCAACAAGCUAGAAUACA